AUGCAGGAGGUCCCGCUGCUCUUCGAGAUGGAGAUCCUGUCGAGGCUGAACGUCUCUGACCUCUUCGCGCUCGCGGGCGUGAGCCGCGAGGCGCGCGCGGCGAUGUUCACGUUCGAGCCUAUCGCGUUCCUCACGCGAGACAAUCUCAUGCCGCACGAGGAUAUCCGGCGUCAGUGCAGCUACGCGUGCACCGAGGCGUGCAAGGAAGGUCGCCUCGACGUUCUGCGAUGGUUGACCCUCGACCCGUCCUACGAGAUGGACCGGAGGUGGACCUAUCACGCGGCGAGAAACGGGCACGUGGACGUGCUCGAGUGGCUGGUGGACGAGGGGUGCUCGCUCGCGGAGGACGCGGCGUCGGGGGCGGCGGAGGGCGGCCACCUCGACGCGCUCAAGUGGCUCGUGAGCAUGGGGUGUCCGUGGAGCGGGUCGGUGUGGAAUUACGCCGUCAAGGGGCGCCACGAGCACGUGGUGGAGUGGCUGAGGGGGGAGGGGUGCGGAGGAAUUUGA